GAUAUGAGGAAAUGUUCCGACUGCUUGAAAGACGAGCUCACGUCAAGCUUACCUGGCCAGGUGCAUCAAAGCUCUGCCUCCAAUUGGCUCCUUCCCCGUCGCUGUCAUUGUCUUCCACCAAUCCCGGUGGAGCUCUCCCGAGACGCUGCUUGCUCGACGUCUUUCCUCCCACGUGACGGUGAAUGUCCCGGGCUUUCUCUCAGAGGUUUUGACCAGGGAAGGGUCCCCGGGAGGGUCAAACCUCCAUCAUGUCAGGUGCAGCGCCACAGAGCCGCAGCCUGCAGUGCUUGGAGGAGUGGGAUAUUCUCGAUCCAGAGGUCCAGCAGCGACUGGAGGAUGCGCGCACGUCCAUCAGGCAGGAGAUCCAGCGUGAGCUGAAGAUCAAGGAGGCGGCCGAGAGACUCAAGAGGGCUGUCACCAGUCGCAGGAACGCAGCCGACGUGGAGGGCCAACUGAAGGUUUCGAGUCGAAAGCUGGAGAAGUUGCACCUGAAACUGCAGGAGCUUAACGCCAGGUCCAUGACCGCAGAGAAGGAAAACACAACAGGUGGCCUGACUGAAGCAGACAGCCAAGUCUCAGGCGAUUCCCGCCAGUGGGAAGAACCCACAUCACCGCUAGCCAAUCGGAUCAAGACACUGAAGAAACAACUGACCAUGGAGACUAAAGUGAAACAGGGGGCCGAGAACAUGAUUCAGAUUUACUCCAACGGCUCAUUCAAGGACAGGAAGAUGCUUUCUACCGCUCAGCAGAUGUUACAGGACAGCCGCACCAAGAUUGAGCUGCUUCGUAUGCAGAUUGUCAAAGUCAGCCAAGCCAGAGAGGGAGACGCCGAAGGCACACCAGGUCACCCUGAGAAGGAGAUCAUCGAUCCUCUCGAGCUGAGAGUGGCUGAACUCAUGCACCACAUGAAAAUUGAAUCAGCCGUAGCAGAGGGAGCUAAAAAUGUGGUGAAGCACACCACGAACGGACGAAUGGUCAUGGACCGCCGCAUCCUGGCAGAGGCCCAGGAACGAAUGCAGGAGUCUUCUCAGAAGGUGGAUCUGCUGCGUCUGUCUCUGGAGAGGCGUUUAAAUGAGCUUCCUGCAGAGCAUCCCACACGAGCCGCCAUCACAGAGAUGUUAUCGUCUGGAUUCUCACACCCCUGCAGCACUCCAGACAAACAACUCCAGACAACUUCUUCCUCCUCGUCCACCUUCUUCAAGCCAGCCAGUCUCACAGGUCGUAUAGAGGUGUGUUUAAUGGGGUGCCAAGACCUGGUGGAGUCUGUUCCGGGUCGGAGUCCUGUGACCUCUGGCCUAACCUCCUCCAGGAACUUCUCAGAGGAAAAGUCUUUUAAGCUGAAAGGUUCAGGACGCAUCAACGGCAAGACGAACAAGAGUGAUGAGCUGUCCUCUGAGGUCAGUGCUGUCCUGAAGGUGGACAACAGAGUGGUGGGCCGCACACACUGGAGGCAGCAGAGCAAAGACGCCUGGGGUCAGAGCUUCAGCACGGAGCUGGAACGGUCCAGGGAGAUUGAAAUCGCCGUGUACUGGAGGGACUGGCGUGCGCUGAGUGGAGUGAAGUUCCUGCGUCUGGAGGACUUUCUGGACAACCGACGGCACGGCAUGUGUCUGCAGCUGGAGCCCCAAGGCAUCCUCUUCAUUGAGGUGACCUUUAUCAAUCCUGUCAUCGAACGACGUUCAAAACUUCAGAGACAAAGGAGGAUUUUCCCCAAAGAAAAAGGGAAGAACUUCAUGCGUGCUUCUCAGAUGAACAUGAACUUUGCCACAUGGGGCCGUUUGAUGAUGAGUGUCCUUCCUCCUCCUUGCAACUCGUUGGACCCCAUGAGCCCCCCGUUAGCGGCUCCAUCGCCCACUGCAGUCCAGUCCCGAGAACCUCCUGUCGUCAAACUGAACUUUGGUGAAGAACCAAAUGAAAGAUCUCCUCGUCGCUCGAGAAAAGACUUUAAAGACUCCUCUCUGUCUCCUAGUCUGAGCAAAAGGCUGAAGCCAAAGAAAGAGCCCUCUGUCCGUCUUUCUCCAGAGAAGGACGGUGAACUCCAGAUGGAAGACUUCCAGUGCAUUUCGGUCCUUGGGAGAGGUCACUUUGGGAAGGUUUUGUUGGCGGAGUACAAGAAGUCAGGCAAGCUGUAUGCCAUCAAAGCCCUGAAGAAAGCUGACAUAGUGACACGCGAUGAAAUCGACAGCCUCAUGUGCGAGAAAAGGAUUUUCGAAGCGAUCAAUAGGUCCCAGCAUCCGUUCCUGGUCAACCUGCACGGCUGCUUCCAGACCGCCGACCACGUGUGCUUCGUGAUGGCGUACUCCUCCGGAGGGGACCUGAUGAAACACAUUCACACCAACAUCUUCAGUCAAAAGCAGACUUGGUUUUACUCCUCGUGCGUGCUGCUGGGUCUGGAGUUUCUCCAUCAAAACAAAAUCGUCUACAGGGAUCUCAAGCUGGAUAAUCUCCUGAUGGAUGCAGAUGGUUUCGUGAGGAUUGCAGAUUUUGGCUUGUGUAAAGAAGGAAUGGGCCACGGUGAUCGCACCUCCACAUUCUGUGGGACGCCAGAGUUUCUGGCUCCAGAGGUGCUGAUAGACAACAGCUAUACUCGCUGUGUGGACUGGUGGGAGCUCGGCGUCCUCAUCUAUGAGAUGCUUUUAGGGGAGUGUCCUUUCCCUGGAGAUGAUGAGGAAGAAGUGUUUGACAGCAUUGUGAAUGAUGACGUGCGCUACCCCGCUAACCUCUCGAAGGACGCCACAUCCCUCAUCCAGCAGCUUCUGCAGAAAGAUCCCAAACUGCGGCUCGGAGCAGGAGAAGAGGAUGCCUCUGAGAUCAAAAGACACAUUUUUUUUCAGGGGAUGGACUGGGAUGCCCUACUGGCCAAAAAGCUGAAGCCCCCCUUCCUGCCCGUCAUCCGAGCUCCGCAGGACGUCAGCAACUUCGACGAGGAAUUCACUCAGCUGAAGCCGGUGCUGUCGCUGCCGCGGAAGCCCUUCGCGCUCACCAGCGAGCACCAGGAACUCUUUGCAGACUUUGACUUCUCUGUCGUGAGCUGACCUCUGCUGGAUCAGAUGAGCUGCAGCAAAACCUUCACAGCUCAGGGGUUUACAUAGAAUUUUACACAUUACUCGUACUUACUGCCAAUGCUCCCGUUUUUACUUUUGUCUUAAAGAACCAACACCACUGGUUUGUGAAACAAAAAUAGCACUUUUCUUUCUGUCUAGAUUAUUAAAGUGUAAAUACUUUAAAUCUUAAGUUUUCUACUGAAGGCACUUAAAUGUGAACUCGUUUUUCCUUUAAAUGUCCUAAUUAAAUAUUUAGACCAAAGUUGUAUAGUAUAAGCCAAUAUUUAAAUCUUAAAUGUCAAUGAAUAAAUGCUUGACUUCAA